AUGAUUUCGUUCAAACAUCACGCCCUUUACUGGGUCUUGUCACUUUUGACAGUCCCUUUGACCAGCAUCCGGAAGCUUCUCUUCGGCCAUGAACUCUUUAUGGGCUCCAUUGACGAGGUCGAAUUGGCGACUGUGUGCCUCUCCUUGUAUUCUAUUGCUCGCCCUGUGUUAAACAGAUUUCAAAACUCUCAUCGAGAAGUAGAAGUUGGCGUGACCAAGUGCAGUGGUCUUGUCGAGGCGGCUGAUCUCGAAAAGCCCGUCGAGGAGAUUAGCAUCACGAAAGAACCUGAAUCCAGGAACGGCAACGCGAGAGGACUAAAGCCCAAAAAGGGGCGGAAGAAACCCGACAAAGGUGCCAAUGGCAAGCCUCGAGCAGUUCAGUCUCAGAAGAAAGAAGCCCAAAAUGGGGACGCGAAACUGUCGAACGGGAAUGUAGCUCUUCAGAACAUAGCGGCGGCACAACGACUCCGGAAGAAAUCCACUGGUCGACAGCAGUCAUUCUUCAACUUGACUCAGAAGUAUCUUGAUUUCUUGUAUUUUAUGUCUCUAGGGAUUUUGUUCACUCACACAGAGCCUCUCAUUGGGUUUGGUGAGUGUGUUGGAAACGAUCGCCUCCAGUCAGUUGAUCGCGUACUCGUGAGCUUUCUAGUCAUGGGCACUCUGGAACCAAUCAGACAGAAUCGCUGGGACGUCGAAGUGUCUGGCCUGGGGAUGUUCUCCUACUGUUGUGUAUUGUGCAACGAAGGACCUGGGCCUUGGGCGUCGACAUUGAUGGGAGUUUGUGGCUUAUUGGUCAUGGGAAUCCUUGUGGAGUGUUCCCUUUAUAUAAAGCUGCAGUAUUGGCCUUGGUGGCCUGGUAUCUGGUUCGCUGAUAGCCUCAGUGUUCUCGAUAUUUUCAUUCGUGUUUGGCUACUGGUGCCACUCAUUGAUGUCGCUGAGACUGUACUGUACGCUAUUUCUUCCCGAACUCGUCCAGAAUGGUAUAAAAGGAGACUUGAGCUUAUGGAAAGACCUCUUUAG